GCCCUUCCGGGGCGCCUCCGGGCCUCGGGUCCUGGCAUCCCCGCGGAUGCCCAAAGACUCCGCCUUCCCAGGAGCCCCCGCGGCCCUGCGAAGAUGGCGGCGACGGCGGCCCCGCUUUCCUGAGGUGGCUGCGAUGGAACCUCCCCCAGCUCCGGGGCCGGAGCGGCUCUUUGACUCACACCGGCUCCCGAGUGACGGCUUCCUGCUGCUCGCGCUGCUGCUCUACGCGCCGGUCGGCCUCUGCCUCCUGGUUCUGCGCCUCUUCCUCGGGCUCCACGUCUUCCUGGUCAGCUGUGCGCUGCCUGACAGCGUCUUCCGCAGGUUCGUGGUGCGGACCAUGUGUGCCGUACUGGGGCUCGUGGCCCGGCAGGAGGACACUGGACUCCGGGAUCACCGCGUCAGGGUCCUUAUUUCCAACCAUGUCACACCUUUUGACCACAACAUAGUCAACCUGCUCACCACCUGUAGCACCCCUCUACUCAACAGUCCCCCCAGCUUUGUGUGUUGGUCUCGGGGCUUCAUGGAGAUGGAUAGGCGGGUGGAGUUGGUGGAGUCACUCAAGAAAUUCUGUGCUUCCACGAGGUUUCCGCCCACACCCUUGCUGCUCUUCCCCGAGGAAGAGGCCACCAAUGGCCGAGAGGGGCUCCUGCAUUUCAGUUCCUGGCCAUUUUCUAUCCAGGAUGUGGUACAACCUCUUACCCUGCAAGUUCAGAGACCCCUGGUCUCUGUGACGGUGUCAGAUGCCUCCUGGGUCUCAGAACUGCUGUGGUCAUUUUUCGUCCCUUUCACGGUGUAUCAAGUAAGGUGGCUUCAUCCCGUUCAUCGGCAGCUUGGGGAAGAGAAUGAAGAGUUUGCGCUUCGUGUACAACAGCUGGUGGCCAAAGAAUUGGGCCAGAUAGGGACACGGCUCACUCCAGCAGACAAAGCGGAGCACAUGAAGCGACAAAGACACCCCAGACUACGCCCCCAGUCAGUGCAGUCUUCUUUCCCUUCUCCCAGCCCUCCUUCUGAUGUGCAGCUGACAACGCUGGCUCAAAGAGUCAAGGAGGUCUUGCCCCAUGUGCCACUGAAUGUCAUCCAGACAGACCUGGCCAAGACGGGGUGUGUAGACUUGACCAUCACAAAUCUGCUUGAGGGGGCAGUGGCUUUCAUGCCUGAAGACGUCACUGUGGGAACUCCAGCCCUGGCCACAGCCUCUGCCCCAAAGGUGAGGCCCAGGAUUAGUCAAGGCCAAGACUUAAGGUUCCCCAGCUCUGGCCUGGUGACCCCUCAGCCCACAGCCCUAACAUUUGCCAAGUCUUCCUGGGCCCGUCAGGAGAGCCUGCAGGAGCGCAAGCAGGCACUGUAUGAAUAUGCAAGAAGGAGAUUCAGAGAGAGACAGGCCCAGGAAGCUGACUGAACCCAAAGGAACAGGAUGGUACCCAGAGCCGCAGGACGGAGACUGGGGCAGCCCUCACCCAGCUAACAACAGGCCGGAUGAGUGGGUGGUUAAAGGGAGGGAUGGGGCUCCCCCAAUCUCACAUUAAAUUCAGGGUUUCCACUCAA